AUGGUCAAGCUGGAUAUAUAUGGCCGAGGUCGGCCGCUGAGGAUGGCGAUUAUGUUUACAUGUCAAUUGGCAUUCAUUUUCUUCGGCUACGACCAGGGCGUGUUCUCGGGCAUUGUGGGCAACGAGGACUUCUUGAAUGUGGUGAAAAAUCCCAGCGCGGGUAUACUAGGGAUUAUCGUUUCAAUCUAUAACCUAGGUUGUUUCAGUGGCACUAUUGUCUCCUUUAUGACGACUGAUCGACUUGGUCCGCGGAAAUCGAUGUGGUUCGCAAUGGGCUGGAUCAUUGUCGGUGCGACCUUACAGACAACCGCUUUCUCAAGGGCCCAGCUGCUCGUGGCGCGUUUCGUGACUGGUAUUGGGACCGGCAUCGAGACGACCACAGUGCCGGUGUACCAGUCCGAGCUGUGCGAGGCCAAGAAACGUGGAAAGUACGUCUGCAGCGAGCCGCUGUUUGUCGGAGUGGGUAUAGUGAUUGCAUACUGGUUCGACUAUGGAAUGAGUUAUGUUGAUGGGCCAAUCAACUGGCGUCUGCCUAUCGCAUGUCAGAUGAUUUUUGCCAUUAUGGUUAUUCUUCUGGUGUUCGGAUUGCCCGAAAGCCCACGUUGGUUAUACCGACACAACAGGAACGAAGAAGCGCUACAGGUUCUUUGCGACGUCUAUGAUAUGGGACACGACAACCCGAAGGUUGUUUCCGAGUCCGAGGGUAUCCUGGAAGCAAUUCAGUUGGAGACUCUACAUGGCGAAUACAAGUGGUCACAGAUCUUGAAGCGUGACGAAGUCCAAACCGGAAAGCGGGUGCUGCUGGCCUAUGGAAUGCAGUUCAUGAACCAGAUGGGAGGCAUCAACUUGGUCGUGUACUACGUUACGUCAGUCUUGGAGUAUAAUGUUGGACUGACUCGGAAGCUGAGUCUGCUGCUUGGAGGCGUGAUUCAAAUCAUGUUUGUGAUCGGCUCUUUUUACCCGACCUUCUUCUCCGACCGAUUUGGUCGUCGCCAGCCGAUGAUGUGGGGCUCAUUUGGACUUUUCAUCUCCAUGAUGAUGAUUUCAAUUCUGCUGUCGUUCAAAGGAACGUCUGUCGAAAAGCCCACUGCCUCCGCGUCGGUUGCCUUCUUCUUUCUUUUCAUGCUGAUCUUUGGCGCAUCGGUCAACUGUAUCCCAUGGGUAUACGGGCCGGAGAUUCUCCCACUACAUGUCCGAGCUAAGGGACAAGCAAUAGGUAUCUCCGCCAACUGGCUGUGGAACUUCUUUGUCGUGAUGAUCACUCCGACAUUGAUUGAGAAUCUGGCGUGGAAGGGAUACCUCAUUUUCAUGUGUUUGAAUCUGGUCUUUGUCCCAAUCGUUUAUUUCUUCUAUCCCGAAACAGCAAACCUCACUCUCGAGGAAAUCGACUUCAUCUUUACCGACCGUGCAAGGCUUCCACCCUUGCGUCCCCAUACCGAUUCCCAGGGAAAACCCACGGCUACACCUGUCGAAGCUAAGACCCGUAGCAGCAGCCCUGACGAAGUCCGGGAGGAAUUCGUGGAAAAGAGCAAGUGA